AUGUCUUUGGCACGCUCCAUCCCCACCAAAACGCCAUUGGAGCGCAAGCCAACUCCUCCAUCCUCUCACUCUGACGUAUUUGCCUCGUUCCGUUUCCGCGGCACCGUAAUGAAGCGCAACCAGCGGUUCAAACGAGUCGCCAAAUCCAGAUUACCGGUUCGGAGUUCGCUCCCAGUCAAACCCAACCCAUCACCACCACCACCAGACAUUUCUCCCGUUGAAAUGAAAAUCUUGCCAUGCGAUUUCUUCCAAAUCGACGCGCUGGACCUUGCCCCACGUUUACUGGGAAAGUUUCUUCGCCGAGACGACGUCGUUCUUCGUAUCACGGAGGUUGAAGCGUAUAGACCGAACGACUCGGCUUGCCACGGUCGUUUUGGUGUCACUUCAAGAACUGCCCCUGUCUUUGGAGCUGGUGGGCAUGCGUAUGUUUAUCUUUGCUAUGGUGUUCACAUGAUGCUGAAUGUGGUUGCGGACAAGGAAGGUGCUGGAGCUGCUGUUCUGAUACGCUCUUGUGCUCCGAUUAGUGGAUUGGACGUCAUUCAACAGCGCCGAGGUCUGAAAACUGAGAAACCUAUCCUUCUUACCGGUCCUGGGAAGGUUGGUCAGGCAUUGGGUCUAACGACAGAGUGGUCCAACCAUCCUCUCUAUACACCUGGUGGUUUGGAAGUCUUAGAUGGUCCAGAGCCGGAAAACAUAUUGGUAGGUCCACGUGUUGGUAUCCAAUACGCUUUGCCAGAGCAUGUCAAUGCCUUGUGGAGAUUUGCCAUUGCAGGCACCCCUUGGAUUAGUGCUCCCAAAAAUACUCUCAGACCUCCCUUCAUCUCCCACAGUUAUCCUGAGAAAAAAGCAACACGUUUUUCUACCAGUACCUUUGGCCGUAAUGGCUUACCCUAUCUGACCAACCCUCCUAGUCAGGAGUUGAAUGUGGCACUAGAGAAUGAGUUGGCGAGCAUCAAGGUAACUGUAGCAGCUAUACAAAUCAAAACUGAUGAGAAACAAGCUCAGCUCAUAGUGUUCCUUACAAAGAACAUCACCGAAGGAAAAGAUGGGUCAGUGUUCAAUGGACCCAAAAGCAAAUGGACAACAAAUGACAAAGCCGAUGAGGUUAAGCAAAUCUCAGAAACCAGACAUUUUGGUGGAGUUUUGGGUCAGGUUAUACAAACCAAAAUGGGUCAUCUAACCCAAGUAGCCCAAACACUAUGGGCCGCAGUAAUGGUCAAAGUGUCAAUUGAAGAUUAUGCUAUCAAAGCAACAAUUGAAGAUCAUGCUAUCAAAGAAUCAAAUGAUGACGAGGGAGAAACUAAUGUUCAAUAA